AAUGCCAAUUUGAAACCAGAAAGGAAUAUCGCAAUUCCGGUCAUGGAAAUUAUAUACAGAUGUAGUACACGUCAAGUGUCGGAAAUCCAUGUCGAGAUAUCUCCACGUGAGAAAUGCUCCUCUACUCUUCCCGCCUCCCUCCCUCCAUCUUAACCCCUCCACAAUGCAAAUAUCGUCGACGAGAAACGCAACGCCUCACGGAGUACGCAUCGACGUUGAUAGUCGCGGAAUGAAAACAUCUGUCUACCCGCAUGGCGGUAAACAGGUGUACCGGCUCAUACGAGGGGUAGGUGCAGUAGUUUUUGCAACGUUGAUGAUCGGCGAGCACUUACCCGUCGUCAAGUUUUUGGAAGCUAUAGAAUUAGAAAGUAAGGCGAAGUCAAUAGUAGAAGUGGUACAUUAUACAGCAGAGGCUAUCAGCAUAAUUAUUAAUAAAGUAUGCAUUCACCGACAUAUAAUUCUUGUUGAGAAAACUAAGAUGCGUUUUUUAAGAGGAUUGGAGCAUUAA